AUGCAAGUUGCCCCCGACCGUCAAGGAGGGGGAGCCGCUUUGGCGCCGGCCUGCGGCGAAGCCUCUGAAGGCACGUACGCCUCGGUUCUUUGCUGCAUGUGCGGAUGCAGCAUUCCGCCGUCUCCUCGAAGCAUCUGUUUGUCGUGUCUGGCACAGCAAGUCGACAUCACCGAGGGCAUUUCGCGGACGAUCGUCCUCCCGAACUGCAGGACUUGCGGCCGGUACAUGCAUAUCCAAAACAAAUGGCUCCAGUGCGACCUGGAAUCGAGAGAGCUGAUGGCGCUCUGCCUCAAGAAAGUGCGCGGUUUGAAGAAAGUCGAGAAGAUCGUGGACUGUCAGUGGCUGUGGACGGAGCGGCACAGCCGGCGAGUCAAGCUGAAGCUGACGGUUCAGAGCGACGUGCUCGAUGGCCGCGCCGGCCUGCAGCAGUCGCUCAUCAUCGAAGGAGUCAUCCAGAGUACUCAGUGCGAUGAGUGCAAGAAGUCUUUCACACCCCACGCGGAGUGGACGGCGAUGGUUCAGGUGCGGCAGCACGCGGAGCACAAGCGAACGUUUUUGUUUCUUGAGCAGCUGGUGCUGAAGCACCGGCUGGCCGCGCGGCUCCUGAACGUUGUGGAGAAGUCAGACGGGCUGGACUUCCACUUCCCCAGCCGACAAGCGGCGCUGCACUUUGCAGAUUUCUGCCAGUCGCGGUUUCCGUCGGUGGCGCGGCAAGCCAAGCAGCUGAUCAGCCACGACGCGAGCAGCAACAUCUACUACCACAAAUACACCAUCAGCGUGACGCUGGCCUCGGUUUGCAAAGACGACCUCGUAUACGUUCACCGCAAGCAGGCGCGCUCGCAGCUCGGCGGCUUCCCGACAAUUUCGCUCUGCACGCGCGUGGCGGGCGCCGGGAUCCAGCUGACCGACCCGUUCUCGGGGAGAGUCGUGAACGUGAGUCCAGAGAAAUACUGGAAAGCGCCCUUUCUGCCGCUCUGUACCCGCAAGCACCUGACCUCGUUUCUGGUCCUCGACGUGACCCCCGUCGACCGCCCCGAGUAUUCGCGGCUGCAGGCGAGUCGCCGCGACCCCGCGCCUCGCCGGGGCAAGGGCGCGCGGUCGGAGCCGCAGGGCGACGAGGAGGACGAGGCAGGCAUGGGGCCCGACGUUGGGCGCGAAGGCCGCUCGGCGGAGCUGGACGACUCGAUGGCGGGGGGCGGCGCGCGCGGCGGGCACGGCCGGCGAAAGAAGAAGCGGAGGAACAGCAGCCCGAGCUCGCAGGGGGGCGGCGAGGCGAUCUGGCACCCGGCGCGCCCAGACACGGCGGCGGCAGGCAAGGGCAGCGACUCGGCUGCGGACCGCGGGGGCAAGUCUGCUGCCGGAGGCGCGCCGUCGGUGCCCGGCGUCUACGAGCUGGAGCUCGCGCGCGCCUCCGACGUCGGCGUGUCAGACCGAAGAGUCGUCACGUACUCGCAUCUGGGGCGGCAUCUCAGCGCAGGCGACUGGGUCCGCGGCUACGACCUGCGAAGCAUCAACUUGCCCGGCGCCGCCGACGACGAACUGGAGCGCGACGUGGGUGGCGCCAAGUCGCGGACGGCGUCGGCGGGGAAUCCUGGCGGGCGCAAGGGCCGGCGGAAGGGGCGCGGCCGCGGCGAAUCCGACGACGACGCCGACUUCUCAACCGCAGAGAUUCUGAAGCACCAGGCGGAUCUGCGCCAAGAGGAAGGUCUGGCUGCGUGCUCACGGUGGGAGGUUGUCGUCGUCAAGAAGAUACCGCCGCAGCAGGUCCUCGGCGACGGCCCGACCGGCGGCGCGCGCGAGGGCGCCGGCAGCCGCGUGCGGCCGUGGGUGCUGCAGACGCUGCGCAAAGAGCGCGACACGGAGGGCGGCGCCGGCGGGAAGAAACGCGGCGGCGGCUACCGAGGAGACGACAUGGGCAUGGAGGCCGAGAUGGAGGCCUUCAAAGAAGAGCUCGAAGAGGACCCGGAGAUGCGCGCGCAGGUCAACUUGUGGAAAGAUCCGCGCUACGCCAGCAGCCGAGGUAAGAAGAAGCAAAGCCGACAAAGGAACAAGAAGGCCCAGGCGACAGCGGCGGAGGCCACGCACGACAGCAAGGAGCAGAGGAGAAAGGCACUCCCCAGCGAAGCAGCGGGCGACGCCAGCGCUGAGGAGGACAGCAAUGACGAAGACGCAGAGGAGCUCGCCUGCCUCAUGGAAGGCUUGACCCUGGAGAACGGCGAACUCAAAGGCGUCACAGUUGAGCCUGGAGCGCGGCUGGAAGAACAGGCAGACGACGCGAGUCGCGGCGGCAAGCCCGACGGGGCGGUGUCAGACCACAUGAACUUCGAAGACGAUGGAGAACUGUAA